AUCGAUAAGCUUUUGGCAGAUCCAAAGAAAAUUUCUUGAUUCGUGAUGUUGAUACGUUCUAACUUAUUUUGUAAAUUAUUAGUUAUUUCGUUUAUUUAUCGGGUUAUAAAAUAAUUAAUUAAUUAGCUACGUUUCUUUUUAUUUCAUUGAACGUUUUGCCGGGUACGGUAUUCCAUGAUUGAAUAUUCAACGUAGUAAAAUUUUGCUGCACAAAUUAACACUUAAUAAUGACAGAUCGUUAUAUGCGAGAGCUCUUGCGCAUAUCCGUCGCACAAAUUUGUCAGACAAUAGGUUACCAUGUUAUACAAGCAACACCCUUUGAGUUACUUCAGGAUAUUCUGCAUAAAUUCCUUCAUGAAAUUGCACGGGAUUUACAUAGACAAGUUGAACAUUAUGAGCGGACUGAAGCAAACUUGAAUGAUAUUUAUAUUACCCUAAGUAAUUUAAAUGUUAACAUUACCGAACUCUCUGAUUAUGCUAACAACGUGGAGCCGGUGCCUCUCUCUGUCGAAGUACCUAAAUUUCCAGCACAUAAAAACACAAACCUGAAUUUUCUUAAACCUGGGAGUAAGGAAGUGCUCAUUCGUCCCGUUCAUAUAUACGAAUAUCUUCCACCUAUACUACCAGCCGAUCCGCAAAGUUCGUUGCCUUCACACUAUUUGCAUUCCGAUUCUGCGUUCGUGCGGUCUGGUUCAAUUAAUGCGGCUAUUGAGUGCCCGACUAGACUGGAACGUGGACGUAGUAAUACACUAACUGCUGCUCAUAACAUGAAUAGACUCGGUGAACCAAAAGAUACACCUGAACUUUCACCAGAAGGUGCGAAAGUCACUUUGAGUUCUUCACAUAUGUUUGAUGAAGAAGGACGGCCUACUAGAGAAAUUAGCAGCGUUGUUAUGACAACAGGUGGAUUUAUAUCCCCCGCUAUUGAAGGAAAACUACCAGAUACAAAGGUGCCAAAAUUUGUCGAAAAACUGAUGGGCCUAGAUGCACCGCCCCCUGUUUCACCACCUGCUGAAUUGAGCUCCGAAAAUUCGCGAAGUACACAGUAUAAGCCUCACACGAGUAAUGCAACAAUCAAAAUGCCCGUCGCAGCAUUCCCGUUUCUAUCUCCAAAAACACUGUUAAGUGCGGAAAAUCCUGAAGUGACCGAUACUGCAUCAAGCAGACAGCCCUUGCCAUUAACCUCCAAAGAUUCGGUUGGAAUCCAAAAUGCAUCUGACAUAACAAAUUUAAAUACCACUAAUAAGUUUGGGUUAGGUCCUUUAACGUCGCAAAUGCCGAUGCCAACAAUAGCCACAAAGUUGCUAAAUAAAUCAAAAAAGAAAAAUCUAUCUAACUUGCAUGGUGCGCUGCCAACAAAGCCUUAUUUGACAAAUACAGAAAGUUAUGGAACCGCUGUAACGCCAUCUCUAGUGGAAAGUCCGGACAAAGGUAAUAGAAAAAAUAAAAAGAUGUUGCAUAAACUGUUAAAACCCGGUAUGGAGACGUCUUCACACUCAUCCGAUUCUUGUAAUUCUGUGAUUCAACGCCACAAAAUGGAAAAGUAUUUAAAAAAACAAUCAAAACUAGAGAAAAAAUUACUGCAUAAGCAAAAACAUAACGAAGUGAAGAAAAAGUCCCCACCACUUGAUUUGCCAAGUAGUCUCGGAGGUAAAUUGCCUGCACCAUUACCAAUGUUUUCUAACAACAACAAUACGAAAGCUUUAAGCGAUCUUCCACUCAUUAAGGAUAGCGCGCUUCCGGAUGUAUCAAAAGAGAAAACAUGUCUCCCAAAUCCAGGCUUAUCUGAUUUUGCUGCUUCCACAUUUGCUCAGUCUUGCAUUACCGAUAAUAGUUUUGGUAUUAUAGACAGUGGCAGUGUGAUCGAUAAUACGCAGCUGUCUCCAAGUGAUAAGAAACCCUUGUCAGGUGCAAAAUUGUCCGCAGAGCUCGACCGGAAUAAGUUGAAUAUAUUUAAGAAAAUUUCGAAACAAAAAUCACAAAAACCAUCUUCACCAAACAGUAGUAAUUUGUCUUCGCCGCAAAUGUGUAUGGGAAAUGAUGGACAAUUUAUCAACCUUCCAUGCGGUACCACAAUUACACCAUCACCUCCCAGUUUAAAAUCUUUGAUACCUACCGACGCAAGUAUACAAAACUCGGAACUUAUUGAGAAAAAAUCAAAGAUGUUGGUUAACAAUGAGUUAGGAGGUGCUUUAGGUUUACUUGGAAACAGUCCAUCCAAUAACCUUUUAAGGGUACCAAAUGAAUUAAGCCCUCAAUCCCUACACUUUAAUGAUCCUACAAAACCUAAAAAACGUGGUCGUAAGCCUGGAAGUAAGAACUUGCCAAAACAAACAUUUGCAAGUCCCAACGGUGAAAGUGAUAUGAAGAAAAUGAAAAAGCUAAAAGCAUCUAAGUACGAGCAACAACAACCGCUUCAUUUAGACACAAGAAAUGUAGUGGAUAACAGAAUGGAAUUAUCUAAUCCUUCCGAUAAUUUAGUAAAAACUUUAGAUCGUGGUGAAGAUGUCAUUACAUCAUGUGUAUCAGCCAAUAUGAAAGAUAAUCGAAAAGAAAAGAAGAAAGGUAAAUUAAAAAAUAUGCCAAUAUCCGAGAAAAACUUAUUUAGUGCUGAUGCAGUAAUCCCGACUAAAGAAGAAGUUAAUACUAUUAAUAAAAAACUUUUGCGAAUGGAUACAAUUUUACAACCGUUAGGUGGAUUUAAUGAGGCCAUGAUGGAUCCGAAUACGGAUAUUGUACACACUUUCCCGCAUAACACCCUGCCUUAUAAGUCGCCUACCAACAGAAAACGACCAUCUCCGCAGUCUCUACAACUACAGACAACACCAAAUUUAAUGCAUGGUGCGCAUCAACCGUUCAUGUCUAAGCCUGUAAUGGGCGGAAUCCCAGAUUUGCUGAAACUCUGCCCUUUCCCGCCUGGACCUGGUCUCAUACCACCCACUGCUCAGAACUUAUUAUUUCCACGUUUACCGCCAACGUUUCAAUUGCCUAUUCCAAAUAUGAAACCUCCGCCGAACGCCGCGAAGUCAUUAAAUGCAGAGUCACCAAUCAAUAACACGUCGUCGUUAGACCCUCCCCUACUGAAAGAUGAUCUUUGCGAUGUACCGCAAUUCGUCACCGAGUCAAUGACACAUCCAGCACUUUUAGCAAUACCUGAGAUGCGAAACGCAGAAACAGAAUUUUUAAAUAGUUUCAAUUUUCAUUACUUAUCAACGUUUUGUGAAAAACUUAUAGAAACACCUGAACUCUGGGCUCCAAUCGAAAAUAUUCCAAUACCUACAUCGCCAGGUUAUAUGUCGUUGAAUACAGACGAAUUUCAAAUGCAAAAUGAAUGUUUUAACAAUUCUCAAAAGACAGUUACCGAAAAUCCAUUGCUUGGCGACGCUUCACCUACAUUAAAUUUGGAUGAAAUCUUAGAACUUUUUGAUGAAUCCCAUGAACUCCCACCAUGGCUACUCAAUAGCUCAAAUUCGCCCAACCAGAGCGAGUUGGAUCAAUGUCAGAAUGAUUUAACAGCGACUCUUAUGAAUUUCUUUCAAAUGGAGGACAUUAUUCCCACUUUCAAUGAAACGAAACAAGCAACAGAGUUGUCGACCAGUGGGUCAUCGUUGGAAUCUACGCCGUUACAAGUUGGUGGAGAACGUAGCUAUUGCAACGUGCCACCCUUCGUUCCGGAAUCAAUGAAACUUGCAUCGCCUGAUGUCAUAUCUGAAAUGAAGAAAUCAGAGAGAGAUUGUCCAAAAACUCCUAAAAUCCAUCAUUCGACUGCGGUUGGUGAAAAAAUACUAAAGACACCUGAUCAUUGGAGUACACCUGAAACUAUUUCAAAAUCGAUUCCUCCCACGCCAGGUGGCAUGUCGUUGAACACAUACGAGCUGCAUCUACAAAACGAACGUACUGAAAAGUCAAAUACUGAUAAUGCUGAAUUUAUAGGUGGUACGUAUUCUCAGCAUAAAGCGCUUAACACAGUUUUAGCGAAAACUUCAGCAGCUACGACUAUACUUAAUACCGAUGAUCCUAUAGAACUAUCGGACGAUUCCAUUGAAUACACAACAACUGCUUUGAAUACCACUCAUAAGGAUUUGCAUCAUAAUCAGGCACAAAUAACGAUGUCUCACAAAUUUUCUCUAAUGGAGGAUUAUGUGCCUAUCCGCAAGGACAUAACGAAAAAUUCUUCAGGUGAUCUCUAUUUGAGUUCGAAAGAUAAAAAAAAUUUCCAAAAGGCUAAUAAAUUGGUCAAAAAUGCUACAAACUUUUUCCCAACUCCAACAGAAAAUGUACCCCAAAUCGAUAUGUUUAGCUCCGAAAAGCGUGGUGUCGGUAAAUUGGCAGGUGGUGCAGAUUUGAUACCAUUGAUAUCAACGGGUUCGGCGUAUUCUUCGAAAACUAUACCCUCAACUAGUUUAACAGCAACUGUAGCGUCGCCAUUCGCAUUAGCCAAAAAAGACAUUUAUUCAACUAAUGCAUUUGAAAGUUCGUUAAUGCCGACAAACCUAUCAGGGAAUGAGUUUUUGUCUGUAAAUAAUGAGCUUCAGCGAAAGAAAAAAGAUCACAAAAAAUUAAAAAAGUUGAAAGAGGAAAAAGCGAAAAAGAAAAAGGAUAAAAAGUCAAAAUGUAAAGAGCGCACGGAGCACCACGAAAAAUUAUUGCAUAAAACUGAAAAGAUGCAUAAAGAAAUCCCUAAGGACCCUACGCUAAGAGAUGAAGAGCAACAACAGCUGGUGAAUAAAGAUUUAUUGAAGAGGUUGAAAAAGGAGAAAAAGAAGAAAUACAAGCAGCUAUUUACGGAAGACUCUGAACACGCUAGCAUGAAGCCGGCGACGGCGAUUGAUUCCGCAGGAAUAAGGGGCAUGGGAAAGCCGUCUACACUUUUCUCAAUGUUCAAUACAGCAACAAAUUUGCCAUCUGCAGCAAGUUUGUCUAGUUCAACACCAUCAUUUGUACCUAAAUUGACUCUCAAGCUUGGUAGCUCCCAAUCGCCUACACCGGUUGAAGAUGCCACACACAAAAACUACUUUAGUACAAGUACAAAUUCAUUGAAUGAAUUCGAGAGGAAGCGAGAGCCAUCACCGGAGCUAGCUAGAAUUUCACCACUUGUAACAAGGCCAGCAAAGCAGAAAAUUAGUAUAGCAGCUGAAACACUGACGUCUUCAUUGAAUGCAAAUACACCUUCGAUUGGUAACGUCACUUUCGACGCUGUAAACGAGAAUAAUGUUAAUGCUAUAAGUGCACCGAAAACACCAUGUGUCAGUUCGAGUGUUCCUCCACCAAGUCCAUGGUCGUCAGGCGGCACAAUAUCAGCAAGUUCUGUACUACUCCCGCAGCAGUUGUUGCAGCCUUUGAAAGCUCAGGAACAUUUAGGACUCAGCGGUAAGUUGGAUGGCGGACUAUUGGCGAAUUCACUCAUAACUACUUCGCGUUCAAUGGACGCCACUGCACGCCAUAGCCCAGUACCUUUAAUUUCCGAAACAAGCCGUCCAUCGUCGUACAUUGACGCCGAGGGUAAUCGAGUGUGGAUAUGUCCGGCAUGUGGUAAAGUAGAUGAUGGAUCCCCCAUGAUUGGCUGUGAUGGUUGUGACGCUUGGUACCAUUGGAUAUGUGUGGGAAUUACUAUUGCACCCAAAGAUAAUGAAGACUGGUUUUGCCGUGUUUGUAUAACCCGUAAGAAAGGCGUCCAUGUGACUGAUAAGAAACGUAAGCGAAGCAAAAAAAAAUAAGAUCAAAACAAAACCGCGCAAUAAUAAAAACUAAAACGGCUGUUGAUACCGUUACUCAUCAAAAUUUUCUAAGUAAUUUAUUAGCCUUUUCAUUGUUUGCACACUGUUCACUAAAAUCUUCGUUAUAUUAAUUACGAGCUUUCUGAGUUGCUACUAUUAACAAGAACAUUAAUUAACCGGUUAAUUAUUAUGAUUCAUUUAAUUUUAUUUAGAUCUUGUUGUUUAUAUUUGUUGUAUAAAAAUUAAUCGUGUUUUUUUUGCAUUUGAUCGAUAAUUCUGUGUAUUAUUGAAGUAUUUAUCUGGUCAACAUUUCAAGGACGCCUGAAUGGUCAACCAUAAGACUACUACCAUGGAAUGUUUUAAGUUUCUAAUUGGUAGCCAUAUUUUUGCAUAUACUUUCGCGAUUAUAUUAAACUUCAGAAAAGUCUUUGGGUUUAGUAUGGCAAUUUUUGGUGAUUUAAAAUAAAUUAGCACAUUGUCUUAUAUAAAGUUAUUUAUAUAUAAUUCGAAUGAUUUUUGGAUUACCUUGAAAACCAGUUCCGUAAAUAAGGCAUUAAUGCUCGUUAUAUCAUUGAAUUCACAUGUAUGAGUAAUCACUAUACAAAGUAAUUGUCGGCAUUUCUUAAAUCUGUGCAAGUAUAUGUAAAAUAAAACAUAAAGAAUUUAAAUUUAAGUCCUUA